AUGUCUACCCUGGAAGAUCUCGAUGAUCUGGAGCGCGACGAGAAGGAGCAAAAGAAGGAUAGAGACGACAAGGAUAAGAAGCAGCCCAAUGGUCAAGAUGGCGCCGCAAAUGGCGAUGCUGAGAUGAAAGAUGAUGAGAAGAAAGAGGAAGAGGAAUUCAUAGACGAUGAAAUCUUUCAGUCAAGCACACGAGAUAUCAUCAACCGAAGGCGGUUACUGGAGAACGAGAUGAAGAUCCUAAAAUCUGAGUUCCAGCGGUUAAAGCACGAGGAGGGCACUAUGAAGGAGAAGAUCAAAGAUAACCUUGAAAAGAUAGAGAACAACAGACAACUACCCUAUCUUGUGGGCAACGUUGUCGAACUUCUCGAUCUGGACGUCGAAGCUGAGGCGGCAGAGGAAGGCGCCAAUAUCGACCUCGACGCAACACGAGUGGGUAAAUCAGCAGUUAUUAAGACCUCUACAAGACAGACUAUCUUCUUGCCACUCAUAGGUCUUGUUGACCAUGAAAAGCUGAAGCCUGCCGAUCUUAUUGGUGUCAAUAAGGAUUCAUACCUCGUCCUUGACACAUUGCCGGCCGAAUACGACUCAAGGGUAAAAGCUAUGGAGGUAGACGAAAAGCCUACGGAAAAGUAUACCGACGUUGGUGGCCUGGACAAGCAGAUUGAAGAACUUGUUGAGGCCGUUGUAUGGCCAAUGAAGGAGGCUGAACGUUUCAAGAAAAUUGGUAUCAAAGCACCCAAAGGCGCUUUGAUGUAUGGACCGCCAGGAACGGGUAAGACACUGCUUGCCCGAGCAUGCGCGGCUCAGACUAAUGCUACUUUCCUCAAAUUGGCCGGACCCCAAUUAGUACAAAUGUUCAUUGGAGACGGUGCCAAACUGGUACGAGACGCUUUCGCGCUGGCCAAGGAAAAAGCACCUGCGAUCAUCUUCAUUGACGAACUUGACGCCGUCGGAACAAAACGUUUCGACUCGGAGAAGAGUGGUGACAGAGAAGUCCAGCGAACCAUGUUGGAGCUUCUCAACCAGCUGGACGGCUUUGCCUCGGAUGAUCGGAUCAAGGUGCUGGCUGCCACGAAUCGAAUAGACGUGCUGGACCCAGCUCUACUGCGAUCAGGUCGAUUGGACAGAAAGAUCGAGUUCCCGUUACCGAACGAAGAAUCUCGUGCCCAGAUUCUAAGAAUUCACUCCCGCAAAAUGACCGUUGACGAAGCGAACAUUAAUUGGGGCGAAUUGGCUCGAAGCACGGAUGAGUUCGGUGGUGCUCAACUCAAAGCUGUCUGCGUUGAGGCAGGCAUGAUAGCGUUAAGGAAAGGUCAGACGAAAAUCACGCAUGAGCACUACGUGGACGCUAUUGCAGAGGUCCAGGCGAAGAAGAAAGACACGGUCAACUUUUAUGCAUGA